ACCUGUGACCAGUGUGGAAAGACUUUCACCACAGCAAGAUGCCUAAAAAGACACCAACGCAUCCACACUGGAGAAAAACCAUAUGGAUGUGACCAGUGUGGAAAUGCUUUCACCACAGCAAGUUACCUCAUAAUCCACCAACGCACCCACACUGGAGAAAAACCAUAUGGAUGUGACCAGUGUGGAAAUGCUUUCACCACAGCAAGUUACCUCAUAAUCCACCAAUGCACCCACACUGGAGAAAAACCAUAUGAGUGUAACCAGUGUGGGAAGCAUUUCACCCAAAUGAAUGUGCUUAAACGUCACCAACGCACCCACACUGGAGAAAAACCAUAUGAAUGUGACCAGUGUGGAAAUGCUUUUAUCACAGCAAAUUACCUAAAAAUACACCAACGCGUCCACACUGGAGGAAAACCAUAUGCCUGUGCCCAAUGCGGAAAGAGUUUCGCCCGUAUGAAUGGUCUUAAAUAUCACCAACGCAGCCACACUGGAGAAAAACCAUAUGAAUGUGACCAGUGCAGAAAGAGUUUCACCCAAAUGAAUGUGCUUAAAGAUCACCAACGCAUUCACACUGGCGAAAGACCAUAUAACUGUGACCAGUGUGGAAAUGCUUUCACCACAGUAAGUUCCCGAAAAAUACACCAACACAUCCACACUGGAGAAAGACCAUAUGAGUGUGACCAGUGUGGAAAUGCUUUCACCACAGUAAGUAACCUAAAACAACACCAACGCAUCCACACUGGACAAAAACCAUAUGAGUGUGACCAAUGCGGGAAGAGUUUCACCCAAAUGAAUGUGCUUAAAUGUCACCAACACAUUCACACUGGAGAAAAACCAUAUAACUGUGCCCAAUGCGGAAAGAGUUUCACCCAAAUGAUAGGGCUUAAAUAUCACCAACUCAUCCACACUGGAGAAAAUCCAUAUAACUGUGAUGCUAGCUAAUCACCUAAAAAUCCACCUAAUCACCUAAAAGUCCAUCCCAUAAUUUCACACCCACAACCCAAAUCCAUCUACACUUUACAUCUGUCUUCAAUUUAGUCCUUUCACAAAUAUAAAAACCUCUGAAAUUAUAAUUACUCUGUCUAAAUUGAAAGAAAUCUUGAAUGCUAUUUGGAACAAUAUUAUUUUUUACUUUAUAAAUCAUUUUUGUGGUUAAGGUGAGCUGAGUGUAAUCUGAAUUAUGAACUUGGAAACUUACUGUGGUCAAGAAAUGCUAGCCUCCCUGCGCUAAUGUUAGACCAAGGCCUGACCCUUGAAGCUCUUUGUGGUUUAGCAAUGCUAUCUAAGCUGAACUCCCUGUGCAAAUGUCAAACCAAGGCCUGACCCUUGAUCAAACUGUCAAAUGCAUAAGUGCUAUUUUGCAGGUUUUGCAGAUGUCCAAUGCACUUGUUAAACUGAAAGGGAACUUUCAAAUGGGUGUGUGCUUAGAGUGAUUGGCGUAUGUACUGACGUGUUUUACCCAGCAGUUGUUAACCAAUCAUAUGUGUUUGUUGAACUUAUGUAACUGAAUAUGGGAGUAACUAAACAUGGGAGACUUCAAAGAGUCAUUAAAGACUAUAAAAUGUAAUGAAGAAGAUUUUUAUGGGUCAGACGAAUAGUGUCUUUGAUGGGAUACUAGUGGUAAACUGCCUUCUCUGACA